AUGGUUUUCGUUGGAAUACAACCUGCGUUUGGACACGACAAUCAUCUUUUCGUAUCUGGAACGUCCAAAGGCUUGUCGGAAUCUUUCUUGGACCAAGUCACGACGCUGUUGUCUAAUGUCAAUGCCCGUGUUCUACAACUAGAACGCUCUCACGAGGAGGACCUCAAACAAAUGAAAGAAAUGCAAAUACAAAUUGAAGAAAUGAAAACCCAAAAUAUGUAUCUUAAAGAAAACAUGGAAGAUAUCAAAACCGAAAAUGUUCGUCUGAAAGAAAACAUGGAUGGGAUUAAAGAAUAUUUAAGUACCGUAGGUUUAAAUCUAGACAGUAUGUUGUCAAAACCACCACAAUAUCCGCCGAAUUCAGAUACAAACACGAACAAUUCGAAGGAUUUCUUUCUUUUAAAGAAAAGUAACAACGGAAAUCGGACCUCGAUGUUCAGAAGAAUAACACGAGAACGACGACGAAACGUGCAGACUUUUAAAAAAAUACCUUAUCGUCGUGCUGUUUCUGUUCCGGAAAAUGCCGCAUUUCACGCAGUUCUGGACAUUGAUUUGGUAAAUCCGGGUAAAGGCUACCAGAUAGUUUUUGGGCAAGUUUUAACCAAUACUGGGAGAAUGUACAGUAGCAACACAGGAACAUUCUCAUGUGGGUCCUCUGGGACGUAUGUCUUCAUGUGGACGGUAACUUUAGCGUUCGACCACUGGACGGACACUCAUUUAGUCCGCAACGGACAAGUAAUAGGAAUCAUAGUAGCUGGAAACGCAUAUCACUACGGAUCGUACUCAGGCACUGCUUUAGUUAAUCUGGAUGUUGGAGAUGAGGUGUUUGUGAAGGUAGAUUAUCACCAAGAAAACACUACCAUUUACUCCGCAGCCAGUACUUUCACGGGUUUCAAGCUUUUUUGA